GACUUUUUGAUACAUGUCCGUGCAUCACGUGUGUGUGUGUGUGUGUGUGUGUGGGGUUAUGCUGCGGUGUAUUCAAUAUUCAUCAAGAUAUAAUACUUUAAGCUACGCAUGCAUAGGCUGCUAGAAAAGGAAUACAAUCCACCAAUGUCAUGGAAGCAUAUCUCAUAAUGCAUAUUCAAUCCGCUCCCAUCCAUCCUAAGUUGAGGACCUCAUCAUCAUGCUACAGCCUAAAAAAUUUUAAUUUUUAAUUUCAAUUUUAAAAGAACACAAACAACAAAGAAAUAAUCAACAACAACAAUUAUUGCAGUAUAAAUAUAGUUUUGUUCCAUAAUGGAUUUAGUCAUCAAGGAAAUCAUACCCUGUACAGAAUUUCCUUACGGAAAUAUCAAUUUCUACUUUCACUCAAUCCACCUCUCAUUUGCGACUCCUUUAGCCACACAACAAACUAACUCUCUCCACCUGCAACUUCUAUAUUCUUUUAUUGCCUAGCAGCAAUGUAGAAAGAAGGAGCUAGGAGAAAGCAAGGAGGCCUAUAGCCCUCAUAACAUGAGCCAUAACCAUGAGAAGCAUCAAUAUUUCGGGGUUUACAAGAAUUUUUAUUCUCCUGGAGCAUUUGGUUUUAACAUUAGGUGUUGGCCAUCACCACCACACUCGCCACUCUUUACUAACCGACAAGGCAGCUCUUCUGGCAUUCAAGCGUACCAUAGUAUUUGAUCCUAACUUAACGCUAGCUAAUUGGGUCGACACGGUUAACGUUUGCAACUUCACAGGUGUCACAUGUGACAAUAACCAUCAUCGUGUUGCACGGCUCAAUUUGUCAAAGAGUGAGCUUUACGGGCCACUUUCACCCUGCAUUUCAAAUCUCACUGGCCUCCGAGUUUUAAGUCUAGUUGAAAAUCACUUCUAUGGUAGAAUCCCGCCUGAACUUUCGUACUUAUAUCACCUCCGCCAUCUUUUGCUAGACACCAACAAUUUAGAAGGUCCUAUACCAGACACCCUUUCUGCUCUUGCCAAUCUUACUGUUGUAACAUUGAAUCAAAAUUAUUUGACCAGUGAAAUUCCACCAUCCUUUUUCUCUAACUGCACCUUGUUGAGAAAUGUUGACCUCUCCAACAAUCUCCUCCAAGGCAAAAUUCCAGAAGAAAUUGGGAAUUGUCUAAACCUAUGGAACCUCAACUUGUACGGCAAUCAAUUUACAGGUAAACUUCCUGCAUCUUUGAUGAAUAAUACCUCACUGUAUAAUUUAGAUGUGCAGGACAAUUAUCUAACAGGUGAGUUGCCAUCCCAAAUUGUAGAGAAGCUUGUCAACCUUACCUACCUUUAUUUGUCAUAUAACAAAAUGACAAGCCAUGAUCGUAACACCAAUCUUAACCCAUUCUUUACCUCCCUGAAAAACUGCACAGCUUUAGAGGAAAUCGAAUUAACCGGGAUGGGUAUUGGAGGAAGACUGCCAAGUUCCAUUGGUCAGCCUAAGCUAACACAUCUUUUUCUUCCAGAAAACAACAUUGUUGGAUCAAUUCCUGCAGAGAUAAGAAAUGUUUCAUUUCUUAGGGAGCUGAACCUAUCACAUAACCAUCUAAGCGGAACUAUCUUGGAAGAGAUCAGUCAGCUGUCACAUCUGCAACAGCUCUCUUUAUCAUACAACUGGUUUAACAGUGUGAUCCCCGCAACAUUAGGUCAACUUCCUCAUCUGGGUGUUCUUGAUUUAUCAAACAAUGAACUGUCUGGUGAAAUCCCAGCAAGCCUAGGGAACUUGGUUCAUCUCAGUUCUUUGUUUCUUAACAACAAUCAACUCUCAGGAAAAAUACCUCCAGCAAUGGCACACUGCAUAGAUCUUUAUAGGCUAGAUUUGUCCUACAACAAUUUGACAGGAAGCAUACCUCCAGAAUUAUCAGGGAUACGUGAGAUUAGAAUAUUUCUAAAUCUCUCACAUAAUCAUCUGGACGGGCCUUUUCCAAUAGAGUUCAGCAAGCUGGAAAAUGUUCAGGAGAUUGACGUUUCAUUCAACCACCUCAACGGAAGUAUAUUUCCUCAGAUAUCAAGUUGCACUGCAUUGAGGUUGCUAAAUUUGGCACACAAUUUUCUGCAAGGUCAACUUCCAGAUUCUUUGGGUGAUCUAAUGAGCCUAGAAUCUUUUGAUGCUUCAGAAAACCACCUGUCUGGAAUAAUCCCUGUAAGCCUCAACAAAGCUCCCCGUCUUACAUUUCUGAAUCUUUCUAGUAAUAACUUUGAAGGUAUGAUUCCAUCUGGUGGCAUCUUUAACUUAACCACCAACAUGUCAUUCUUAGGCAAUCCACACCUUUGUGGGGUUAUACCAGGAAUACCUAUAUGCUCUCUGAGGAGGCAUUGGCUUCAUUCCCGGACGUUUCUAAUUAUAUUUGUGAUAGUCAUAUUUGUGUCUGGAUUUUUAACAACAAUAUGCUGUGUGAUUGGAUUCCGUCAUAUUAAAUUAGUAAUUUCAUCUAACAAAAUCGAAGCUGUAAAAAAACCGAGUACGCCAGAGAUAUUGAAUUUCCCAAGAAUCACUUACAGAGAAUUGUCGGAGGCAACCGACGGAUUUGAUGAGCAGAGACUAAUUGGCACAGGUAGCUAUGGACGCGUUUACAAGGGAGUUCUACCAGAUGGAAUGGCCAUUGCUGUAAAGGUGUUACAGUUGCAAUCUGGAAAUUCCAGAAAGAGUUUUAACCCGGGAAUGCCAAGUUUUGAAAAGGAUAAGACACAGAAACCUGAUCAGAUUGUGACAGCAUGCAGUUUACCUGACUUUAGCUCUUGUUCUUCCUUACAUGGCAAAUGGGAGUUUGGACAGCCGUCUCUAUCACAUUCA